AAUUUUGAACAUUCAGUUGACGUUGAGCUGCCGUACGGGACGGAUCGCGAGUUCACUCCCCAAAACACCAUGCAAAUCGACGUGGCCUAUCUCUGCGCUGGGACGUUAAUCGCAGCACUUAUCUACUAUCUGCUGACUAAGAGCCAUGAUUACUUCCACAACAAACCGAUACCGUCGAUGGCCGUUACGCCGUUCCUCGGUAGCACCGGUCGAUUAAUGUUGAAGUGCUGCUCCUUUCCGGAUUUCAUCGAAUCCAUCUACAACAAGUACUCGGGGGCUAAAGUGUUUGGCCUGUUUGACACCAUGAUGCCGAUGUUUGUGCUUCGUGAUCCGGAAUUAAUCAAGCUGAUUGCGAUCAAAGAUUUCGAGUACUUUAUUGACCAUCGUCCCGUUUUCGGCGCCAGUGACAUCGAGCAUCCCAAUUUAAUCGCCACGAAGACACUUUUCACGCUGACGGGACAGCACUGGAAACGCAUGCGAUCGACGUUGAGUCCGGCGUUCACUGGAGUAAAAAUGAAGCAAAUGUUUGAACUUGUGGUAGAGUGCAGCGAAAGCAUGAUUGAGUUCUAUCGGAAGAAGGGAGCCCAAGAGUACGACAUGAAGGAUCUGUUUUCACGAUUCGCCAACGAUGUGAUCGCAACCUGUGCGUUUGGAAUCAAGGUCGAUUCGUCUAGAAAUCGCGAAAACGAGUUUUACAAAAACGGGUUGGAAAUUGCCAACUUUACAAGCUUCAAAAUGCUAAUGAAAUUGUUUGGAUUCCGACUGUUUCCGGACUGGAUGGCUCGGUUUGGCAUCGAUAUGAUCGGUCAAGAGCAGAGUGACUUCUUUUCGAAACUUAUUAAGGAUGCCAUUAAAUCGAGAGAGUCUGGUGUCGUUCGUCCGGACAUGAUCCACCUGCUGCUGCAAGCACGACAAGGUAUGCUAAAGCACCAGCAACAAGAAGUGGAACAAAACGCAGGAUUUGCUGCCGUUGAAGAGUCCGAAAUAGGAAGGACCCACUCUACACAUGUGAUGACCGAGAACGAAAUGAUUGGACAGUGUUUUUUCUUCUUCCUGGCUGGAUUUGACACUGUCUCAACGGCACUCACCUUUCUAGCUUAUGAGCUAGCGCUGAAUCCGGAUGUUCAGGAGAAGCUAAGAAAGGAAGUCGAGGAUACGAAUCGCAUGCUAAACGGAGGAUCGCUAACGUAUGACUCAUUGCACAAGAUGACCUACCUGGAUAUGGUUCUGUCUGAAUCGCUAAGGAUGUGGCCUCCAGCCUCAGCAGUCGAUCGAUACUGUGUGAAGGAUUACGUGCUUGACGAUGGACAAGGACUUAAAUUUACCAUCGAGAAAGGGGCAGGAAUUUGGCUGCCAAUUCAGGGAAUUCAUCACGAUCCAAGGUUUUAUAAUAAUCCGAAAAAGUUCGACCCGGAGCGCUUCAACGAAAAGCGCAGGUUGGAAAUCCAACCUGGAACCUACAUGCCAUUUGGAAUAGGAUCGAGAAACUGCAUCGGAUCUCGCUUUGCGCUGAUGGAAGUCAAAUGUAUUAUGUAUUAUCUACUGCUGAAUUUUACUAUUGAAAGGUGCAAUAAUACAACCGUUCCACCGACCAUAGUCAAGGGUUUUUCACUUCUGGCCACGGAGAAGCCAAUCAUUGUUAAGCUUCUUCCAAAAUAAACAUAACUGGGCAUAAUAAUGAGUAUUCUUUUAA